AUCUCCACUUGUCCCUAGGGACAGACAUUCAAGAUGUCCGGAACCGACUACACCUACGAUGAGCAGGGCCAGUUCUUUCCCUACUUCAUCCUCACGGUCACCACACUCGUCACCGUCCCCACUACAAUUUCCUUUUUAAGGCCGAGUAAAGAACUUGAAAACACUGGAACGCGAAUCGAAUCCGACUUCGCUCCUGAACAUGCCGAUCUCAUCCAAGGACAGCGUAAGAAGCAGAAGCGCAUGGAGAGGAGAAUCAAGCGCGGUCUCGUCAUGCUGGGCGGCUGGGCCAUGAAUGCCGCCAUGGUGUACCUCAUACUGGUCACUGCGCGCACGUCGCCCGACAUCUGGGAUCCAUAUGCGGUUCUGGGCGUAUCCAAGAAUGCAGAUGAAAAGGCGAUCAAGAAACAUUACCGAAAGCUCUCCCUUACUAUGCACCCUGACAAAGCCCGCGAGGACCCCGAAAGGAACAUUACCGUGCAAAGUAUCAACGACCACUGGGUAGAUGUCACCAAGGCGUUCAAGGCUCUCACCGACGAGGAGAUCCGCAACAACUUUCUUCAGUAUGGCCACCCAGACGGCAAGCAGAGUUUUAGUAUCGGAAUUGCGCUACCCCAGUGGUUGGUCACGGAUGGUGCUGGCAAGUACGUCUUGCUCAUCUAUGCGCUCGCGCUUGGUGUCAUUCUCCCCUACACAGUCGGAAAGUGGUGGUACGGAACUCAGAGGUUGACAAAGGAAAAAGUGCUUGUCGCAAGUGCCGGCAACAUUUUCCGCGACUAUGACAACGACCAGGGCGACACCGGGGUUGUAUAUGCGCUGAGCAGUGGAGAAGAGUUCUCUGAACUUCUCGCUGGUCACAAGGCGGAAAAAGGCUUGUCGAAACUUGAGCAGACGGUUCUUUCUGAAAACUCCCCCGUUUCCCAAACACUCACGAUUAAAGACCGUCAAAACCUCGACAAUCUAGAAGACAGCCGGAGACGCAAGGUGCUGACCUUGCUGUGGGCAUAUCUCGGCCGUGUCGAACUGGAGGAUGAGACGCUGAACGAGGAAAAGUUUGCUGUAGCACCCAUUGCAUUUCGCCUGAACGAAGCUUAUUCGACUAUUGCUCUGGCAUACGGCAACACCAAGGCAGUGCUAUCAGCAUACAGGACAUCGCAAAACAUCAUCCAGGCUCUGCGGCCAGGAGCUUCUCCGUUGGAACAACUGCCUUACUUCACACCUGCUGUCGCAAGCGCAGCCGAGGCCGAACGAUCCAGGACACAUCUGACCAUCCAAGAAUUGAUGCAACUCCCGGACGCUCAGCGCAAAGCACGCAUUGUACAGUCUGGCCUUCUUUCUCAAGACCAGUACAACACAGCCAUGUCUGUAGCCUCGCAGAUUCCGAUUUUCCAGCUCGACAAGGCCUUUUUCAAAGUCGUUGGCGAGCGUUUCGUUACACCCAGCAGCUUAGUCCAGUUCGUCCUCAAGGGUCGCUUCAUCCCUCCAGGUGCCAGCAAAAUUCCCGAGGUGAACCCGAAAGAUCUUCUCGACAUUGAUCCUGCGGAAGGCGAUGUCGCAGCGAUUACCGGACGCAAGAACGACCGCUCAGGUGACAAGCCGAUUCAACCACCUUUGGCACACGCCCCAUACUUUGCUCGCGACCACGCACCAAGAUGGCAUAUAUUCCUUGCAGACAGCAAACAAGGACGCAUCGCAGUGCCUCCGUUCACAUUUUCCACGUUUGACAAGCCUAUUCUUGACGAGAGCGGUAAACCCACGUUCAACGUGCAAACACUCAAGAUGCAGUUUGGUGCCCCGCCACAGCCUGGCAGUUACACUUUUGUCAUGCACAUGAUCUGUGACAGCUACAUUGGCAUGGACACUAAGAUGGAAGUCACAUUGGUUGUUGAAGACGCCAGCAAAGCCGAGCAGGUGGAAGAGGAGGAGGAAAUCAGUGAACCAGACGAGGACUCUCUUGCCGGACAAAUGCGCCAAAUGAAGACUGGCGUGCCACCCAAGAAGCGGAAACAGGCGAAUGAUGACUCGAGCGGCAGCGACACUGAAGGCGACGUGGAGUCUGAGAGCGAGACUGACACGGACACGGACUCUGACGAAGAGUAGGCCGUUCGGCCUCCUUCGAUGGAUUGUAAUUGGCAGGGUUCAUCAUGUUUAGAAUGACGCAAGAAGAUGUAAGUAGUGCAUACAGGCGGGCGAAGACCAGUGGCUGGCAUUGAUUGCUGCUCUCCCACUUGUGCAAGCGCCAUUGCAGGCAUUUCCAGGCGUUUUGGAGACAGGGGACAGUUGGUGACUAGGGACUACCAUUUAUGCUUUUCAGAUGAAGUGUCUAUUCGAUUGCUGCGAGCAGCUGAGAGAGCAGGUGUGUAAAAGAUGUGUACAUAAGACGGCGCUAAGCAAAUUCUCC